UAGAAGAAGAACUGACAACGUAACCACAAAUUGUUUUUGUUCUUUGUUUAUGUUUGUAUUUUUAAAUUUUGUGAUUAUUCUAUGAUAUGGAGAAAGAAGAUGAGUUCCUUUUCAAUUUCUUCACAUAUAUAUCACAAUUGUGCUUUGAUAAAGCCAAAGAACAUGCUGAAAAAGAAAAAGUCCCAAAGGCACCUACAAGCCCUAAAACCAUGUUCUUGAAUUUUCUACAACAGUUAGCUUUGGCAGAGAAAAGUUAUAUGGAUUUGGGAUUCCUUCAAAACAAACAGAAAAGUUUUUUAAGGAAAGACAAUUCAUUAAGAUCUGUUUAUGAAACCAUGAAAAACGAUCUUAAAAAAAUUGAGGAUGGAUGUAAGAAUUCAUAUCAGGAAUUACAAAAUUACUGUCAAAAUAUCAUGCAAUUUCUCAAUGCUAGAGUCAAUUUAAUCGAUUUAUAUGAAAAAGUUUACAAUCUAGCCAUGGGAAACAAACAUAUUGUUUACAUAGAUAUCUUAAAUGUGAUAGAAACAAUUAUACAGAAUAACCACUUUGGUUUCACGAAUAUUUGUCUCACUCCUGUGAAAACGGUGUUUAGUUUUGAAUGCGAAGUACUACAACAGUUAUUUAAAGCUAUGUAUGAACUUAAUAGACUACAGUUUUUGUUAUCGUUAGCUUUAAUUCAUGGAGCCCAUACUACUUUAGGAGCGUGGGAGAGUAGAAUGCAAAGAGAGACAUGGAAAUUGGGAUUAUUUAAAAAUAGUCCUUUGCCGGCAUUAUUUUUGUGGUUGCAAAAGUUAAAAGGAUCAGUUUUAAGCAAGUUUAGUUUGUAUUUUCAUGAUAUUUUGGCCAAUCAGACAGCUCCAAACGAUAUGCGUCAUCUCUGUUCAAAGUUACAAAACGACUAUUACCAAAAGAUGGUUUCUUUUCAAAAAAAGUUUGAAGCAGCCUGUGUAAUUUUGUUAUCCGAUAAUAAAGUAAAUGAGGAUAUUGAUGAUUAUGAUAGUUUUCCAAUAAUUGUGUCUUAUCCUCCUAGAAGUCCAAAACAGUUGGACACAAUAUUAAAGAUGAUUUCUGAAACCACAGAGUUGUUAAAUUUAAACAGACCCAUAACAAAGUUUAGAUCUCAGGACCAAUGCACAUAUUUUCUUUCAAUGGUGGAGCCCAAUAUUUAUUUUGUUAUUUUGUUUGAAUCAAAAAAAUCAGAAAAAGACACUUCAAUAGGAAAUUUUAUUAAUGAUUUUUGUACAAACUUGAGAUGUACAAAAAUAUUUGUUAGUUUGAAAAAUCCAGUAAAAUAAGUUAAUAUAAAUUAUUCAAUAUUAUAUAAUAUUUUUAUUC